AUGCCUCGUAAACAAGAUCGACAACAAGAAAAACAAUUAUUUUCACUACUUGUAGUAUUAUUACAUCGUCAAAAUCUUAGUUGGACUGUACCUGAUAUUGCAGAUUUUCUCCAACCAUCAGACAAUCCACCAAAUUUAAUUCAACAUACUUUAGUAAAUAAAAUUCAUUAUUUAUUAGCAAGAAUAACAGUUUGUGAAAGAAAAAGAUCUGGUAGACAAUCAACUACUACAACUGUAUCUUAUAGAAAUUUAUUAUUAAAAAAAAUUCAAAACCAAAACAUAGCUAGUGCUAGAAAUGUUUCAGCAAUAUUUAACAAAAAUUAG